AGUAUAAUAUUACAGAGAAAAGUUGAUAGAAAAGGGAGGAAAAAGGGUUUCCAAGUAAAUUCACUCUCCUCCGUGCCAAACAUUAAUGCAAACACUCGCUCCUCGUAAUCUGCUAAACCAUUCACGAGAUAAGAUUACGCCAAAGCAGCGCGUUGCAUUCACCACCUAAAAUAGGGCGUCAGUCAGCUCACUAACGGAAAGAGGCCUCCUAAGCUAAGCUGCGCUAGAACAAGGGAUAGAAUUAUAGAAAGUAGGGGAAAAACAAAAAAAAUAAGAAAAAAGAAACGAAUUUUCCGAAGAAAAUUGCACAGAAAACGAAAGAGAGAAUUGCCCUUUUUAUAUUCUUCGCUAGGGUUUCAGUUUCUCUUUUUUUUUUUUUUUUGUCUUUUCUUCUUCUUUUCUAGGCAUCCAAACAGAGGGUAAGGAAAAGGUGGUGUGUUUUUCCGGGGGAAAGUUUGAGGUUGUUGUUCCUUUGGUGGAAUUUUCCGGGAAACAAGCAGAAACUUUUGUGUUGUUUCACAAGGGAAGGGAAGGGAAGAGAAGAGAAAAGAUGAUGAUGAUGAUGUCAUCAGCUUCAUCGUCAGCUGCAUCAGUUGCAGUAGACAAGGCAACGAGCAAUCUUCUAAUGGGUCCUGAUUGGACCAUGAACAUCGAUAUUUGUGAUUCUGUUAAUUCUAAUCAUUGGCAAGCAAAGGAUGUUGUAAAGGCUGUGAAGAGAAGGUUGCUGCACAAGAGUUCCAAAGUUCAAUUACUUGCUUUGACGCUUUUGGAAACGAUGGUGAAGAAUUGUGGUGACUAUGUCCAUUUGCAGAUAGCUGAGAGGAAUAUAUUGGGGGAGAUGGUCAAAAUUGUGAAGAAGAAGGCAGAUAUGAUAGUGAGAGACAAAAUCUUGGCUUUGUUGGACUCUUGGCAGGAGGCAUUUGGUGGUCCUGAGGGUAAACAUCCUCAGUACUACUGGGCAUAUGAUGAGCUAAGGCGUUCUGGAGUAGUAUUUCCCAAGCGUACAUCGGAUGCAGCUCCUAUCUUUACACCACCUGCUAGGCGUCCAACCCUGAAUCAUGCUGGUUAUAGAAUGCCAAGCAAUUCUUCUAGAAGGCUUGACGAAACAAUGGCUACGGAGAUUGAAAGUUUAAGUUUGUCUAGCUUGGACUCAAUGAGGGAUGUUAUGGAGCUCUUAAGUGACAUGAUGCAAGCUGUAAACCCCAGUGACCGUGCGGCAAUAAAAGAUGAAGUGAUAGUUGAUCUUGUAAACCGAUGUCGUUCCAACCAAAAAAAGCUUAUGCAGAUGCUUACGACUACUGGGGAUGAGGAACUUUUAGCUCGAGGUCUUGAACUAAAUGAUGGUCUACAAAGCAUACUUGCAAAACAUGAUGCCAUUGCUUUAGGUUCGCCCCUGCCAAUUCAAGUUGCUAAUAUAAGCUCCAAGCCAACUGAAGCAAGUGCAUCCAACAAAUCAAAAGAAGUGAAGAAUUCAAGCCCAGCACCUAAUAUCAGUCCACCUGCACCCAUUGCUACUGUGACAAGAAGCCAGAUUGACGAAGAGGAAGAAGAGGAAGAUGAUUUUGCACAGCUAGCUAGAAGGCACUCCAGAGCACAGUCCACCUCUUCUCAGAGCACAUCCGCUGGAACAAGUAAAGCUUUUGUGCCAAUCAACAAUACGUCUGUGACAGCUUCGUAUGUUCUGACUGCCCCAGCCUCUGCUCCGUGCAAUGCAUUAGCUUUGCCUGAUCCACCUGCACCAGUUAGGACUACAAAAGAGCAGGACUUGAUUGAUCUCCUAAGCCUCACCUUGUCGACGUCAGCUUCCUCCCCCCAUACCACUCCUACACCAUCUGCAUCUCACCAAAAUCUGCAUCAGGUACCUGUUCCUCCUAGGACCCAGGGAAGUCCUUGUGCUUCCCAAACCUACCCUGGAAGUCAGGGACAGCUGCCAUAUAAUAGUUAUGUUGUUCCUUGGGCCCAACCUCAAAAAACAUCCCAGCCUCAAGUCCUGCCACAAUAUCAUUCCCAACAGAAGGUGCAACAACAAUCCCGACCCCAAAGCCAGUUCCAGCCAGAACUCCAAACUCAAAACCUGUCAAACUCACUGUCUCAGGCCCAACCUCAGUUCCAAACACGAUCCCAACCUCAAGUCGGGCCACAGUCCCGGAUUCAACUCCAGCCACAAUCGCAAACCCAACAAAGACCUCAGCGCCAACCACAACUACAAAUUCAACUUCAGCACCAAGCACAGUCCCAAACUCAAACUCAAUCAUUCCUCCAACCUCAAUAUCAGCCACAUUUGCAACCUCAAUACUCCUCUGGGUACCCCCCUCCACCAUGGGCUACUACUCCAGGUUAUUUCAACAGCCAAAAUCACCUUUCCUCUGCAAAUAACAUGUUUUCUACUCCCCAACUUAACGCUAGCACAUCAAAUACCAUGAUCGGGAGCAGACCCUUGCAGCACGUUAAUUCAUUUGCCAUGAGAGGAAGCAAUGGAGCACCAAUGAAUGGGGAUUCUUGGGGGAGUAUAGGUCCUAGGAACCCGGCUCCUGUGGCAGGACAGAAGCCCUUUAUUCCAUCAUACAAAUUGUUUGAGGAUUUGAAUGUGCUUGGAAAUGCCAACGGAAGGCUUAAGAUGACAAGUAGUUCAUCUCCUAGCUUGUCGGGUACUUCUGCCCAAAGUAUGGUUGGCGAAGGGAAGUGAGACAAUUCAGCUCUAUGCAAGGAUAUGUCCAUGUGAAUAUGAUGUAAACGUUGAAUUGUCUUUUAGAUUGAUUUGUGAUUCAUUAUUAUUGUCAUAUGGUAUAGUUUUUGUUGUGUGGUGCCUAAGAUGUUUGCCACCUGCAGAAUUAGAAUUAAUAGCUACAACGUCGUAGUUUUGAUUCA